AUGCCUCCUGCUCGAGGCAAUGCCUUCGGGCCGCCUAUGCACUCCUCCUCGCCCUUUGGGAACCAACAUCUCCUACAUGGUAACCCACAUCAUGGCUCUCAUCAUCUCGCACACCAUCAGAUGCAACCUCAGCAUCAGCAGCAUCUCCAACAUCAGUCUCAUCAUCAGCAACACGCCCAACAAUCCCAACAUCAGCAAGCGUUACAGCAACAGGUAGCACACGCUCAACAUGCCCAACAACAGCAGCAGCAGCACACUCAACAGUCACUCCAUUCUCAAGCUGCGACGCAACAGCAGCAGUCGUUACAACAGCAGGCGGCAGCAGCAGCAGCAGCAGCGAUAAAAGAAGUUUGGAAACAGAAUUUGGAGUCUGAGAUUGCCGUGCUGAGGGAUCUGGUUGAGGAUUAUCCGUACAUUGCAAUGGAUACUGAGUUUCCCGGGAUAGUAGCCCGUCCGAUUGGUGGUUUCCGUAGCAAGGCAGACUACCAUUAUCAGACGCUUCGUUGUAACGUGGAUAUGCUCAAGAUAAUACAAUUGGGCAUCACCUUCUACGACGAAAAUGGCAAAACACCAGAACCAGUAUCUACAUGGCAAUUCAAUUUCCAGUUUUCACUCGCGGACGACAUGUAUGCUCAGGAUUCUAUCGACCUACUGACGAAAUCAGGAAUUGACUUCAAACGUCACGAGGACUACGGGAUCGACGUCGCACAGUUUGGAGAACUCCUUAUUUCGUCUGGAUUGGUACUCCUUGAUAAUGUCAAAUGGGUAUCCUUCCACAGUGGGUACGACUUUGGGUACCUGGUAAAGAUCAUGCUGUGUCAAGCGCUUCCGGCAGAGGAAAAUGAAUUUCGGAAAUACCUACAUACGUUUUUCCCGGCUUUGUAUGACAUUAAGUAUUUGAUGAAGUCGGUGAAGACGCUGAAGGGUGGCUUGCAGGAUAUUGCAGAGGAUAUGGGAAUCCAAAGGGUUGGGCCUCAACAUCAGGCUGGUAGCGAUAGUCUUUUGACGGGGCAUAUAUUCUUUGCGAUGAAGGGGAAGUAUUUUGAGGGGAAAAUUGAUGAAGAGAAGUACUGUGGUCAAGUAUGGGGUCUGAAUGGGGUCGGCAAUUCUGGUCCUACUCUUAACACAGCCGGGGCCGUUCAGUACACUAAUGGUCAAUCCGGAGGACAACCCAAUGGCGGGCAUAUUCCUUCCACCCCGACGAAUGCUGGUCCCGUGCCUAGCACCGGGAUGACGCCGGGCCCCAUGACACCGCAGCAGCAGAUCAACCCGUACGCCCAACCGCCGCCACAGAAUAGUCAACAAGGUGUCAAUCCUAUGGGCAGCGGUGGGUUCCAAUUCGGGAAGAUUGGAGGGAUGUGA